GGGGUUUCCUUCCCCGCGUGCCUCUUCUCUGGCCCGGUCUGGCCUCGCCUCUUCUCCUCUUCUUCCACCAUCUCGGACCCCAGCAGCCACACCCUGCCCGGACCAGCUACCCUUCUCUACCCCCAAACCCGGGGCGGGCAUGGGGCGCCCUGUGCUGCUGCAGCCGCUCCUACUGCCCGUCUUGUUGCCCAUGGUCCUGGCAGCUCUGGGCAGCGGAGGGCCUCCUGCACCAGAUGAACGAGCCUGUAAUGUCAGUCGGCAGGCCUCUUGUGGAAGACAAUGCAUUCCUCUGGCAUGGUUGUGCAACGGAGAACAGGAGUGUCCUGAAGGGGUGGACGAGCAGUGUGAUGCAGCAUGCCACGGUGACCCCCUUGCCUGGCAAUGUGAUGAUGGGAAGUGUAUUUCAGUGCACUGGGUCUGUGAUGGUGUUGGCGAUUGCCUAGAUGGCUCAGACGAGAUGGACUGCGUGUGUUCAGACCAGAAAGUCCAGUGCCCCGGGAGCUCCCAGUGCAUCAAUGCCUGGGAGAUCUGCGACCUCCAUGAGGAUUGUGAUGACGGAUUGGACGAGGCUGAUUGUGCCAAGGAUCACUGCCAGCCCGGCCAGUGGCAGUGCAGAAAUGGCAUGUGUGUGAUGGACUACUGGAAGUGUGACGGCGUGAACCACUGCGGGGAUUCAUCUGAUGAGGAUGUGUGUGCCUUGUGUCCAGGCAACAUGGUCAGGUGCGAUGAGGGCAAAUGUAUCCUGGAGUCUCUGUUCUGCAGCGGAGUCACGGACUGUCUGGACGGCACAGACGAGCCAGUCACUUGUGGUAAAAACUGCUCUCAGAGCAAUGGGGGCUGCAUGGGACACUGCAACAAUACAGACUGGGGUGUGCAGUGCUCCUGUGGGCCUGGGUGGCAGCUGCAAGCUGAUGGACAGAGCUGUGUAGAUGUUGAUGAGUGCUCCGCAGUGUACAGUCCCUGUGGCCAGCUGUGCCACAACAGUGUGGGCUCCUUCACCUGUGACUGUGUCGAAGGCUAUCAGCUGCUCAGUGGCAGAGACUGCCAGGUAGCAGACAAUGCGACCAAGAUUCUGGUAGCUGCAGAUGAAGAGCUGGCUAUCCUGGAUAUCCAGACUGGUGCUUACCAGUCCCUUGCGGCCACCAAAACCCAUCCUGCUGCUGUGGCCUAUGACCUCAAAAGGGGACUUUACUAUUGGAUUGACAAAGAAAAAAUUGUGAAUGUGUUUGUGCUUGGAAAAACUAACUCAAUACCUCUCUACCCAGAACUUAAAAGUGUGAACAGCAUCGCAGUGGACUGGUUCACGGGGCAGCUGUACUGGGCCAGCAGUGAGGCCAGAGUGAUCUGGGCGGGGCUCCCGGAUGGCCGGGGCUACGUCAAAAUCCUGGAGAAGGAUCUCACCCCUGAGCAACUAAAUGUCUUUCCUGCCAAAAGGUACCUGUACUGGGUGAACCGCGAAAGAGGCAGAAUGUGGAUCGAGGCGGCUGGUAUGGACGGGUCGGACCGGCAUGUGCUGGCCGUGGUCACCAUGGAGGAGCCCUUUGGCCUGACUCUCGACUACAUCACGGGCCGGUUGUAUUGGAUCAGCGAGUAUAAGGAGUCCCUAGAGACAGUGAAAGUGGAUGGUCGUGGACGCCACUCCUUUCCACAAAUGCCGCUGGAAGAGCAGGACCCAGUGGGCCUGGCUGUGUUUGAAAACUGGGUCUUCUGGGCAGACAAGCUCCAGGUGCUGGGGGCCCCCCGCCGUGCCCUGGGGGAGCGGAUGGUGCUGCUGAAUGCCUCCAUCUCCGCCUUGGCCGUGCUCCACAAGCUCCAGCAGCACCCAAACAGCCACCCAGUCUGUAUGCCUGGGUCCUGCAGCCACCUGUGCCUCCUGUCGCCUAUCCACCCACAAGGCUACAAGUGUGCCUGCCCUGAGGGCCUGUUCCUGUCACCAGCUGGCCAGUGCAUUGAGCUGAAACUUGUCUUCUCCUCUGGCAAAAAAAUCUUCUUGCUGAAAGUUGGCUUCUUGGGUAUGACUGAAGAGAAGACUCUGCUCCAGGAACACCCAAAAACCAUUUCUCUGUUGGACUAUGACUGGAAGAGGGACACUGCUUACUGGAUUGAUGACUUUGGUCAUCUCAUGUACUCUACUGGUUCUUCAGGGAAGGAGAUCCUGACUGACCACCCAGUGUGCUCAGCCAGCGUGGACAUAUCCACUGGGGACCUGUACUGGCUCCCAUGUGACAGAAAAGCCAUUCAGGUGACCAGAGCCACAGACCUGCAGACCAGGAUGCUCUAUCAUUCCCGCAGUGGGGUUCUGCGUCUCCUCCUGGACUGGCCCAGGGGGUGGCUCUACUGGGUGGAGAGGGACAAGCCCCUCCAGGGGAUGCAGCUGAAUGGCCAGAAUGUGCAGGAAAUCUGGAAUGGCACCUGGCAAGCAGACACUCCAAUGGCCCUGGACAUGAGGUCAUCCAAUAUUCUCUGGACCACCGAGGACUCUGGCCUCCAGGUUCUGAGCCUUGCGAAACGCCGUGCUUCUGUCCUGGACAAGAGCUGGACUCACAAGCUCGCUGCAGCCUAUGCCCCCUACCUGGUAUCGGUGAACCAAAGUGCUCUCACGCUGUGGGACCGCCGCACCAUGGUGCCGUUCUCUGCCCGGAAGGAGCCUGGCAUCGGGACAGUUCUCGCCUGGCACUCUGCAGACCUACAGGCACCAGCGGCAGAGGCCCGACAGCUGACAGCCUCGCAGCCCCCAGUGUCGUCCCCCCCAUCAUCCCUGCCGCCGCCACCACCACCACCCCUCUUCUGCCGUCGCUCCUUCUUCCUCUGCCACGAUGGGAACGAGUGCGUCUCCCACGAGUUUCUCUGCGACGGGGAAUGGGACUGCAGGGAUGGCUCGGAUGAGGAGAACUGCUCGGAGCUGUGCAGUGGCCCAGGCAUCUUCCAGUGCCUGAAUGGCAACCAGUGCGUGGAGGAGCGCUACCGCUGCGAUGGGGUGCAGCAGUGCCCCGACGGCUCGGAUGAACACGAUUGCUGGCAGCCCACGGAGGACUGCGCCCUGCGCUGCGACAACCACACUCACUGCGUCCCACGGAGCUGGCUGUGCGAUGGCAGCCCCGACUGCAACGACUGGGCCGACGAACGAGAAUGUGGCCACAAAGGCUGCAACCCCUUGGAGUUCCGUUGCACAAAUGGCCAAUGCAUCUCACUGUCCCUGCGCUGUGAUGGGGACCGGGACUGCGGGGACCACUCGGAUGAGGAGGGCUGCCCGGUCCGGGGGCCGCACCAGUGCCGCCCAGGAGAGGGAUCCUGCCGCUCCAGUGGGGAAUGUGUGCUCAGUGCCUGGAUUUGCGAUGGGGACGUGGACUGCAGAGAUGGCACCGAUGAGCAGGACUGCCCACCCAGGAAGGCAGUGUGCAAGUCAAAGCAGUGGCCUUGCCACAGUGGGGACGAGUGUGUGCCGGGCUUCUGGCGCUGUGAUGCGGAGCUUGACUGCAAGGAUGGCAGUGAUGAGAUUGACUGUGACCCUCGCCACUGCUCCUGGGGCGAGUUCCAAUGUGGCUCCUUGACCUGCCUGGCUACCAGCCGUGUCUGUGAUGGACAUCCGGACUGCACUGAUGGGACUGAUGAGGGUGGGCAGUGUGCAUCACCGGCCUGCAGCGAUGCCCACUGCUCCCACACCUGUUUCCAGACUCCCAGCGGGCCACGUUGUGCUUGCCCAGCGGGCUUCAAGCUGAGCAGCAGUGGCCGCUCUUGCCGAGAUGUCAAUGAGUGUGAAGAACUGGAACCCAGACCCUGUGCCCAGACCUGCAUCAACAGCGAGGGGGCUUACAGUUGCGCGUGCCACCCCGGCUACCAGCUGGAGCAGGAUGGGCAGAAGUGCAAAGUGACUGGCUCGGAGCCGGUCCUCCUGGUCGCGGUGCAGUUCAGCCUGCUGCAGCUUGGGCUGAGGAGUCGGCGGGAGGAGGUUCUGCUGCGUGACAACCACCAGAACGUCUUUGCCGUGGACUAUGACUUGGAGGGCCGGAAGGUGUUCUGGACAGACCUCAAAUUGGAAGCCAUCAAGUGGAUCAGCCUGGACACAAAGAAGAGUGGAACUGUAGUCAAGGGCACGAAGCCAGACUGUAUCGCCACCGACUGGGUAGGGAGAAACCUCUACUGGACAGAGGGCCAGGCUGGCCGCAUCCUCGCCAACCCGCUGCAAGCUACCUGGAGGGGCAAGACAGAGUAUACGGUGGUCCUGGAUGGGCUGCACCAGCCCCGAGCUCUGGCUGUGGCACCGCGCAGCGGGCUGAUGUUCUGGUCUGAAACUGGCAGCGGUGAUGCACAGAUCAAACAAGCUGGGCUGGAUGGCAGCGGCACCAAGGUCCUCAUUAGCCAAGGCCUUGGCUGGCCCAUCGACCUGGCCCUGGACCCCUCCAGCUGGAAGAUAUUCUGGGCCGAUGAAAAGCUGCACUCCAUUGGCUCUGUUAGUCUGGAUGGCACUGGCAUCCGGGUGCUCCAACUGGACCAAAUCCAGAGCCCUUAUUCGCUCACCGUGUUUGAAAAUGAAAUCUACUGGUCAGACAUGAAGGCACGAGCUGUGCAGCGGGUCAGAAGCCUGACUGGCAAGAACAGGACAGUCCUCCUCAAGCGGCACGGACAGCCUUAUGGCCUGAAGAUCAUGCAUGAAGUUCUUCAGCCCAAGUCCCCCAACCCCUGCCUGGACCUGGGCUGCUCACACAUGUGCCUGCUCAGUCCCCGGGCCCAGGGUUCCUGUCACUGCCCUGUGGGGCUACUGCUGGCUGCCGAUGGGUUACACUGCAUCUCGCUGAAGGAGUCAGCCUUCCUGUUCCUUGUCUCCUCGUCCUUAGUGACUCAGGUGUACCUGAAGAAGCUGAAGCCUGUGGCAGGCCAGGAGACUGUCCCCGAGCACCGGGUCCUCCCGUUCACAGAGCUGAACCGGCUGGUGACAGUCGACUACGAGGUGAAGCAGCAGGUCCUCUACUUCUCAGACUGGAGCAGCGGUGCCAUCCGCCUGCUGAGGCUGAGCGAGUCGGCACGGAAGCUGGCAUGGGAGACGGUGGUGACGGUAGAGGGCACCAUCGUAGCGCUGGCCCUGGAUUGGCUGAGUGGCAAUGUGUACUGGAUUGACGGCACCCAGCCGCAUAUCAGCGUUGGCCGGCCUGGGGCCCAGUCCGGCCUGCCGGUGGUCUGGAAGGGCCUGACCUGUCCGUCUGAACUCGUGCUCCACCCACCCACUGCUCGCAUGUGCUUCGUCGAAGGGGGCAGCCCCCAGGCCCCCAACCCCCGGAUUGAAUGCUGCGCCAUGGACGGGAGCCGCAGGGAGGUACUGUGGCAGAGAGCCCAGGUGCCCGUGGGCCUGUCCUUCGCCGAGUCCGGCACACGCCUCUUCUGGGCUGAUAGCGGAAGAGGAGUUAUAGAGAGCGUUCAACGAGAUGGCACUGGCUACCGCGUGGACCGUCAAGGACUACGGGGCCUGCAGCUCUUCACCGUCGGGGAGGGCAUGAUGUUCUGGACCAUGGCUGACAUUGACGGUGGCCAGAAAACUAAAGUCUGGUAUAGCAAGAUGGGGCGAUCAGAAGACUGGUGGUUCCAGGUGGACCAGAAGAUUGUGGCUUUGAAAACUUACAGCGCAUUCAGCCAGCAGGGCAGGAAUGCCUGCUCCAAGGACAACGGGGGCUGUAGCUACAUCUGCCUGCCCAACCCUGAGGGGAAGACCUGCAAGUGCCCCGCUGGCUACUACGUGACUGGGGUUAGCUGUGCAAAAGCGGUCCAGUGCCCAGCUCCCUCCCAACCCUGCAAGGAUGGACGCACGUGUGUCUCCCCCAGCCAAAUGUGCAAUGGUCAGGCCGACUGCCCGGAUGGGUCUGAUGAGACAAACUGCCUGUACUCAGGGAGCCCCAGUUCAACAGCAGCCCCUCUUGGUGAGCUGGAGACCGGAAAAAGAGCAACACCAGCGUCCGUCCCAGUGACUCCCAGGAGAUGGGCCAAGACAGGCACCUUCCGUCCCACAGCAACCAAAUACAGUGCAGGACGGGCCCCAACCACGCUGUCCCGUGGAGUUAUCCAGACACUGGCAGGGCCAUCCACCAAGGAUUCCUCUGGGUGGGGGGGUGCCGGAGAGGUGGGGCACCCACCCUGCAGCAGUGAAGCCUGCAGUGGGAGAGGGAUCUGUGUGAUGGAGGGGCAGCACAGGAAAUGCAACUGUGAGCUGGGCUACAGUGGGGAUUUCUGUGAGGAAGAGGUGGCGACGGCAGCAGCCAGACCACAGCCUGGACACGUAGUCCUGGGCAUCAUUGUAGCCUUGUCUGUCCUUGCCAUCAUCGGGGGACCUCUUCUCUACAUCAGAAGGCAAAACCAACUCAAACGAACAUCAAGCACCGGGUCCUCCAGAAUCCUGACCAACUACAGGAUCAGUGAACAGGAAGAAGAGACCCUUGUGAGUAGUGAAACGUUUGUCAAUGAAGCCUAUGAUGAAAAACAGGAGCUGACAGGAGCUGUGUCCUAAAUAGCUCAACCUGGAAUUCAAUAUUUCAAUAAAACAAAUGCAUAGAUC